GAGAUGCACCUCGAGCAUCGUUUGCGAAUUGAAGCCACUAGAGCAAAGAUCUCCCUUGGCCUCCGGUUGUUUUCACCAACUUGGCGGAAUAUGGGACUUUACUUCUGUGCCUAAAGGAGACAUCGGGAGACUAUGGAUUCGUUAAUUAUUGGGGAACUUGGAGCAUGCCCGCUAAUGGAAAGUGUCACUGCUUCGGAGGUGAGAGCGGAGUCCUUGCCUAGUGUGAACCAGUGAGCGUCAUCUCAGCAGGCAUGAACACCACUGCAGCGGCGCCGGGGAGAUUUCAACCGCCCACCAUCCCAGCGAUAAUGUUCAUUUUCGGGGUGGUGGGGAACGUCAUCGCCAUAGUGGUUCUGCGAAUAUCACGAAAGGAACAAAAGGAGACGACUUUUUACACACUUGUGUGUGGCCUGGCUGUGACAGACCUGCUGGGCACCCUGCUGGCCAGCCCCGUCACCAUCGCCACCUACAUGAAGGGCUCCUGGCCGGGGGGCGAGCCACUGUGCCAGUACUCCGGCUUCAUCCUGCUCUUCUUCUUCUUGGUCCAGCUCAGCAUUGUGUUUGCGAUGUCAGUGGAGAGGUACCUGGCAAUAAACCACGCGUACUUCUACAACGAGUACGUCAACCAGAAGCUGGCCGCGCUGACUCUUUUGGCCACAUACAUUUCCAACAUCGUGUUUUGCGCGCUGCCCAGCCUGGGGCUCGGCCAGGUGAAGCCCCAGAAGCCGGGGACAUGGUGCUUCAUCGACUGGCAGACCAACCACACGACCGUCGCCGCUUUCAAUUUGAUGUACGCGGGUGUGAACUCAGUCAUCGUGCUGGCCACGGUCGUCUGCAACGUGAUGGUGUGCGGGGCGCUCAUCCUGAUGCACAAGAGGUUCAUCCGCCGCACCUCCCUGGGCACGGACCAGCGGCGCAUCGCGGAGCUCCGGCGCAGACGGAGCUUCGCACGACUGGCCGGAGCAGAGAUCCAGAUGGUGAUCCUGCUCAUAGCCACCUCCGCGGUGGUUCUCAUCUGCUCCAUACCGUUAGUGUUGAGGAUCUUUGUGAACCAGCUGUACAGAAACCAGAAAGAAGAACCUUUAGGACUGAAUAAAGACCUGCUGGCCAUCCGCAUGGCCUCUGUCAACCCAAUCUUAGACCCUUGGAUCUACAUCCUGCUCAGAAAGACAGUGGUUCUCAAGCUAAUGGAGAAAAUCAAGUGUCUCUUCUGCAAAAUGGGCGUGCGGGGGCGAAGGGAUGGUGGGCAGUUCCGCUGUGCCGAUGGCCACCUCUCCUCGUCCAUUGUCUCACGGGAUUCCCCAUCACUGAUGUCACGUGAGCUGCGGGAAAUGGUGAGCACCUCGCAGACCUUCCUGUACCCGUCUGAGGGAAACACUGGGAGGUUGGAGUCAUUUGAAGCAGGGUCACAGGCCGGCUCCAGUCCACCGACAGUACAGAAAUUACAGGGCCCCCAGGAGGUCGAGGGGCCUCAGAGGGCGCUUUCCCAGGGGGAUUUAGAGGACACAGCACCAGGCAGGCCACUGAAAGAGGGUCCAAUGUGCCUCAAGGACCCGGCUCUACAUGUGAUCUUCACGGACGAGACGGCAAUCACACAGGAGAAGUGCAUAUAAUGGUCCGCAUGAGCUCAAAAAGCAUUCGACGCUGUAAUAGGACUGUCUCAGGACAGAGGAGAGGAACUAAUGAGAGCACUGCAAAGACAUGACAGUAAAGUAAGCGCCUCUGAAGACUGCAUAAUCAUCCAUCGAUCUGUAGAUAUCUAGUGGACUGCUUUUAAAAUGACAUUUGACAGAUGUAUUGAUGAACUAAACAUCCAUUAUCAGUGUAUUACUCCUCAGUCACCGCUUACCACAAACACUAUAUCACUAAAGACACUUCAGCAGUCACAAUAGCUAUAUCAACAAAACUAUAGAGAUCAUGACAUUGUAGAGGAGCUCCUUUGUUGCACUUUUUGAAUUCUUAAACCACUGCUAGGCUGUUAGUAAUGUUUGUUUUGUAGCAUUUUGACAACCUGCACAAUGGCUGUAAAGAAUUAUUGUUAAAAUGUGAACAGUAUUCCAUGAUGUUAAUUUAUUCUGAAUAUGAAAUUACACAUUAUUGUCUUCUCUGUGAGAAGGUCCAAAAAGUUUUGAGUAAUUUCAAAUUGGUACAAGAUGAAUAUGUUCAGUUUUUUUUUUUUUUUCGUCUUUUCUUUUUCUUUUUGGGUACAUAGGAACGUUUGCAAACAAUUUGGUCACACUGGUUGAAUGAGCAUCUUGAAACAUCAAGGCUAGAAUUGUACCAUCCCCUGUAUUUCGUAACAAAAGGCAGCUAUACUGUGGCUUUUUCACAGCUCAGACACUGGAGGAUGUUAGGAGGCCUCCUAAAGUAAUGUCUUAGUAUAAAACUGUUAAUUAACCUCGUUCAGCCCAUUUACUUUAUGAGGAUUAAUCCAAUUUCAUCUUAUUUUACCUUAAUGUAAUGUGCAAUGGCUCUCAUCUAAUCCGCCUUAAGUGGGGAGUUAACAAGGGGAAUGAAAAUUGAAGACCUUGAGCUUUUGGGUUUUGCCUUUCUUAAAAUGGAUUUCAUUGUUUAAUACGGCGCUAAUGCUAUUGUUGCUAUAAAGAUUGAUACAAAUAUCAAAACAUGUUCAGAUGUCAAGGUUUAAGUUUUUUUUUGUAGCAACAUCAACAUCAAAUUUACCCCGCAAUAUUGAUUCUCUUGUGAAGAAACAAAUGUUGUACCAAACUCAUAAAUAAAC